GUGACGUGAGGAGGUCGGGGUUCUCGUUUUCACGCCCUAAAAAGCAGCGCUGAUGAUACUGGAUUGACCUCUUUUCUAGCCAAAGAGCUGAAGGAAAUCUACAAACAUCUCGUGCUGACGAUGAAAAUAUGGCAGCUGGAAGAACCAGGUCCUUCCGUCGUGUUGGGAGUCUCAUGCGGAGUAAAUCCGAGGGCACCCUGAUUGAUCUGACUGACAGCGCCCCACCCAGCAAUAACUUGAAUGGUGGGCUCGUGUCAGGACAGACACAAAACUCUAACUGGACACUUUCAUCUCCGACUAAAAAUCCUUUUUGGAACAAGAUAUCUGCGUCAAACCCUUUCUUAGAAGAUAUUGUACACAUCGGCACAGACAAGCAUAGUUUUGAUUCAUCAGAUUUACACGAAGACCAUAAAGGGCAUCAGUACACAAGUAACGACGAUGCCAUCAGCACUUCUUCCGAUGAAGGCAACGUGAGCAACUUUCUGGAGAGCAGACAGAACAUCAGCAACAAGUCUGGGAGAUGGAGGAGUACUUCACACAUCAUGGAUGAUAUAGAAAGAAAGGUGCUGAGACAGGAGAACACCUUCGCACCUCCCGUGCCGGUGCUGAGUCCAGAUUUUGAGUGGCUAAAGAAUGACAGAGAGGCCUAUAAAAUGGCUUGGCUGAGCCAUAGGCAGCUAACACGCUCAUGCCUGGACCUGAAUGUGAUUAGUCAGAGCCGUGGAUGGGCUCAGACCCAGGCCACUAACUUUCAAGUUAUCUGCAAGAUUGGCCACGCUGGUGGCUCAGUACAGUUACCGGAGUCAGGAAUUACCAUCCAUAUACCAGAAGGACAUGUUCCUCCUGGAGAAGUCCAGGAAGUUACACUCAAAGCAGUGCUAAAUCCUCCCCCUGGACUCAACAACAACUACAUGACAACCAUGAGUCCCCUCGUUGAGGUGGUUCUCAGCAACAUCAACACAAAGGAAACUUUGUCCCUGGAGAUGAAACUGUCAGGAGAGGUGAAGAGUGAUGAUUCAAGUCAGGUGAUGACCACUUUAUACGGGCUGGUGUCCAACAAAAGAACAGGCCCUUACAACAGAUUGAAUGACUGUUACGUUCACAAGAAUACGAUGCAGUUGAAGCUCCAGGAUCUGAAGACACACUUUUUUGUGAUUGCAGUUGCAGAGGCCUCUGCACUGCAGUCCCCUGCUACAUCAGUCUGGGAUUACCUUGACCGCAAAAUCACUGUCGCAGUUUAUGGUCCCAGAUACAUCCACCCAUCAUUUAAGAUCGUGAUAGUUGUCUGUUGCCAUGAGGACGUUCCACCAAAGCUCCCGUUUUCUGAUAUCUGCAGAGGCAACAAAUACCUGCCUCCUGUUGUGCUGCAACUUUGGGGAAAACAUCACUUUAAACCAGACAAGCUCAGCAACCUUCAUGUUGAAGUCGGCAUUACUGACUCGAUGUUUAAAAUCAAAGCUGAAGACAAACUGAAAGAAGUGAGAGAAAGUCAGCUGAAAAUAGGGACAAUUUUGCAUCUGCCCAUUGCAUUAUCUAGUUCUGGUAAUGCAGACAUGACCCCUUUUAAACUAGAUUUACAAGUGAAGGAAUCAAACAGUUCAGCUAUUGCAGAUUUUCAGGUGCCUUCCCCUCCUGCUGCACCCAUCAGAUCAGAAAAGCGAGCGACCAGACAGAUAGAAAGGCUGGUCAAAAUGAUAAAACCUAUUCCCAUCACUGAGGAAUGUCAUUCAAAUUUACCAGAAUUCACAGACAGGCCUGUGAACUUGCAGUGCUACGGUGUGGCCCUAAAGUCUGUCUUUCGUCAGCCACGUGUAGAAUAUCUCCUGGAGUACUUCAAGGGUGACACAGUGGCUCUCCUUUCCAGAAAUCCAGUUAAGUCUGUGGGAAACUCAAAAGUCAAAGAGUGGUAUAUCGGAUUCCUCCGAGGGAAGACUGGUUUGAUUCACUGCAAAAACAUCAAACUCAUAACUAGGGACCAGGUGAUGGACUUCUAUGACAUUGAAGUGACCACAGAAGUCCUUCUGGAGAACAUGACGAAGCCCUUUAAGAAACUUACUUACAUGUACUCUGCCAUCCAGACACUGGUCUCCGAGCACAUUACCAGCUGGAGAUGUUUUGCAGAUGCUUUAGGGUAUACCAAGCUGCCUCAGGACGCACUCAUACGGAGGCAUGCUGAAACUGAGCCCGAUAAAGUGGCGUGCAUUCUGGAGAAGCUGAAGGAAGACUGCCACACUGUGAGGGGCAGGAAGUUUCUGCAUGAACUCAUCGUUGGCCUGCUGAGGAUGGAUUCAGUGAGUCUUGUUGCCCAGGUCAUACAGAACACUGUCAUUCUGUCCACCGCCGUGGAACUGGGAAUUCGAUGGCGGGAGCUCGCUGAGAAAAUGGGAAAGUUCUCAAGCACACAAAUAGCUACGCAUGAAGCACCACAUCGAGGGAAGAACGGUGAAGUCGGUCCCCAGUCAAUGUGGAAGCCUGCCUAUGACUUUCUGUACUCCUGGAGUCUUCGCUAUGGAGAUAGCUACAAGGACCUAAUCCAGGAUCUGCACCUGGCCCUGGACAAAAUGAAAAACCCUGCCACGAGACAUUGGAGGCACCUGACCGGUGUGCUCGUCACAGUGAACUGCCUCGAUGUCUUUCGAGCCUCUGCUUACCCAAAAGCCUAAACCUCCUCUUCCAGCAAUCAAAACAUCUUUUGUUACAAGGUGGUGAGGUUCGAAUGGUCAUGUUACAUAUCUUUUCUGGUUGUCUUGUGGCUUUGCUUACUUUGUCUCGAUGUUCAUUUUCUGCACAGAGCAUUAGAACUCACACAGCUACAUUAUAUAUUAGAACAGCUAACACACUGUUGAGAAAAAUAUGAGAAAAUUAAAGUGUGAUGUCUGUUACAGUGAAAUGCUACAUGUCGUUAAAGUUAAUUUUCCUUCUGUCAAAUCUCCAUGAGGUUAGCCAACUACCAUCAGGUGUCCUGGGUAUUAACAAUGCUCCUGAUGUGUAAUUAUUUGUCAGAUAAAAGAUAAAAGCUGCUCAUGAGUCAGUUAAAACAACUAAAUAAAAGCAGAAUGAGUCCAGAGGCACUCUGUUGGUUAAAAUUAUUUACAAAAAAUAAUAUUACAGUUACACAAAUCCAUCCUCUAUCGUUGAUAUGCAAAAAGGGUUUUUUGUUUUUUCCUCCAACUAUGUCAUCUUUCUAUAACUUUUCUAUAAAUGUUUCCAAAAUUCUAACCAGCAGAGUGCCUCAGGACUCCUUCUGCUUUAUUUGUUUGUCUUUUUAUUCCAUUGCCUUUCAGUCGAAAGGUAAUUUUACACAAAUUUGUUUUAUUAAAAAUACAUUCCCAAUACAUGUGCUGUUUCUACACCUUUCAAGACGCUUCCACCAACAGUUUUUGCAUAGUUAUUGUAACCAAUAAUUGGUGAGUUCUCUGAAACAGGAUCCACAGCAAGGCUCCUCUAAGUGUUUGUAUCAGUGGAGUUUAAAAAACGUUUAAGGCUUUUCUGUAAUAUAAUGUAAAGUAGCUGCAUGAAACCGAUAAAUGUGAACACUGUUGCAAAAAAAAGAAAAGAAAGAAAUCUAGGGUUGCAUUUCUGAGUCCGUGAAUGAAGUGUUAGGUCUGCGUGCUGAAAGUAAAAACGCACGACCAAAGUCAAAGUACCCUGAUGGCAGUAAAUAAACUGUUAAGGAGCUACUAUAAUGUAACUUAAACUGUUGUUUUCUUAAAUAUUA